CGGAAGUUAGAAGUUAGCUUCUGUUGUGGCUCCGUUUUAGCGGGUGAUUUGUGUGCGUUUGUAUAGCAUCCACAGUUUCUAUAGUUUAUUUACGUUUCACUUGUUAUUUUUAUACUAAAACCAUUUUUGAAACAGGUUGUACUUGACGUUCAUGUAGGUGUCGGUCAUUUUUCCGGCAGAACUAGAUACCUGUUAGCAAGCUAGGCUAACGUUAACGUUAAAAGCACGUUAAAUUUAGCUCCGGUUUGUAGUCCCAAAGUAAUAAAGGUAGCUUUCACAAUGUCUCUGAGCGCUGUUCACGGAACUCUGUCGAGUCUGAAAUCCUGUCAGGCUGAUAUCGGGACAGGUAUGGACAUUGUGACAGACGUGGCUAUGGACCUGGCGGAAGCUCAGGAUGACGAGAUGAACCCGGGCAUCAAACAGAUGGAGGCCAUGAUUCUGGAGUGUGCCAAGCUGGACAGGGAGAUUAACUACUUUGUUGAUGUGGUGCAACAAGUUACAGCUGAGGUAACCACGCAACAGCCGGAGGCCAUGUUCAGCCUGUCUGCCAAAGUGAAGGAGCAGUUCACAGAGAGAAUAGCCCAACUCUCUGACGCUGACCUGCACACUCACCAGAAAGUAAUGGCUUUCAAGGAAAGUGUCAAAAACUCUUUCAAACAAGCUAACCAGGAGUCAGCAGAGAGCAUGGAGGAGCUCGAUGAGGACAUCGCUGUGACACAGAGUCAAGUCAACUUUACCUGCCCGCUCACACAGGUGGAAAUGGUGAACCCGGUAAAGAACAAGAAGUGUAACCACCACUAUGAUGAAGCAGCAAUCCUAAACCUGAUCAAAACAAGAGACAGCCAGAAGAAGAAAUGCUGCUGUCCCGUGGUGGGCUGUGGAAAUACAGAUGUAAAAGAUUCUGACCUCAUUCCUGACCAGAUGCUGAGGAGAAGGAUCCAGAGCUACAAGAGGCAGAAAAAACGGACUUAAUAAUGAACAUUUCUAUGGAAAUAAUCAAUAGUUAAAGAAAUACAUUUUCCUGUAACAAUUUUGUACACUGAGAAUCUAGAAUGUUUAUAUUGCCAUCUACGCUUUUAUAUAUGACAUUCUUUUUAAACUCAGAUUUGUACCUUGCAAUUUUUGAGGCUCCGUUGAAUCUGGAUGACAUGUUAUAGUAUUUCAUCUGGAGUGUAAAUAAAUAGUAAGAUAAUUACAUGUUUAGUAUUUUCACAGUCUGUGGUGGCUAGUUCAAGAGUCUAUCUGAUGCAGUAAAUCUACUGAACCACGUGAGGGCAGUGUUUGCUUAAAGUCAGUGCAGAAAGGUGCUUCAGGGUUUUGAGAAUCUCCUAAUUUCUCAGCUUCACUUACAUCUAGGGUUACUGGCCAACAUGGCAACUGUAGAUCCAAGAAAGGAUGAUCUUUUACUUAAAAUAAAAUCCUUCAAAAAAUGGGCUCAGUGAAUGAGCCAUAAACAAACAGUUCUUUUACAUCUGUGGGAGUGCACUUAUGUGAUUAAGCCUGCUCUCGCUCCUUGUGAAGGGUCUUUGUUUCAAAAGAAGAAACAAACAAAGGCUGCGUUGAGAUGAAACUAGGUGAAGCUAAUCUUUUAAUAGCCUUGCAUCAGGAAUAAAAAAAAAUAUAUCUGUAAUUGCCCUCUCUCUACAGUGAGUGCGUCAAACAGCACUAAGAUCAUUUCACCAGUGAAGCUAUUAAAUGGCAUUAAAUGA